AGAGAAAGAGGGGAGAGGUGGGAGAGGUGGAGAGGGGAUGACGAGAGUCACACUGAGAGGAAAAGCUCGUGAAAGGAUUCAUAAACUUGGGAGCGGUCGGAGCAGCUGUGCCGCAGUUUGUUUCUUCUCCGGGUAAUUUGUGUCCAACUAUAGCGGUGCGUUCGCAGCAGGUGAAAACCAACGAGCCGCGCCCAGGAGAAAUCUGCCGAGAACAGCCAGACAUUCCCUGUUUGUCCAUCUGAACAGGUGCUGCUAGAGUCCCAGAGCAACUCGUCUCAGGCUCCAUGGCCAGCAACAUGACCCCUCAGGGCUGCGGCCCGAACGUGGAUUCCAUUUAUUACAAUCUGUGUAGCACUGAAGCUGCAUGGGGCAUCGUGCUGGAGGCCUUAGCGGCAGCUGGUAUCGUCUUCUCCUUCGUGCUCCUCAUCUCGCUGCUGGCCAGCCUGCCCUUCCAUAAAGACUACAACCGCAAGAGCUCGGUGGCUCUUCACGCCUUCUUCCUGAUCUGCACUGCUGGUCUCUUCUGCCUAACCUUUGCCUUCAUCGUGGGAAAGAACUUCUCCACUUGUGCUUCACGGAGGUUCCUCUUCGGGGUGCUGUUCAGCGGCUGCUUCGCCUCCCAGCUGAUGCAGUGUGUGAGGCUGAACAUCCUGGCCAGACGGAACAGCGGGCCUCGAGUUUGGGUCUUGUGUCUUGGGGCGCUGGGGCUGUGGCUGGUGGAGGUGAUCAUCAACACAGAAUGGCUGAUAAUUACAAUUGUGUCUUCCAACACCACAGCUCAAACUAGCACAGCUAUAGCCGUGCCUUGUGACAUUGCUAACGAGGACUUUGUCAUGGCGCUCAUCUACGUGAUGGUGCUGAUCCUGGCUGUGAUGGUGGCGAGUCUGACCAUCAUGAUGGGCAAACACACACAGUGGAAGAAGGAAGGCGCUUGCAUCCUUGUGACGAGCCUCUUUUCAGUGGGUAUUUGGGUGGUGUGGAUCGUCAUGUACGUGUAUGGGAAUGGGAAAACCGGGAAUCCGACGUGGGAUGACCCAACCUUAGCCAUCGCUUUGGUAGCAAACGCCUGGGUCUUCAUUAUCAUCUACACCAUUCCCGACAUCUGCUGUCUGAACAGUGACGAUGAGAGUCAACAAGACUACACAGAAAAUUUUUACCAAAACCAAGGAGUCGGAUACGAGACGAUCCUGAAGGGACAGUCCUCCCAGAACGUGUAUGUGGAAAAUAAGGCUUUCUCCAUGGACGAAUCCAACCAAGACUCCAAGCCUGUGUCUCCAUACAGCGGCUACACCGGUCAGAUGCGUAACUCUGUGUAUCAGCCCACUGAGCUGGCGCUCAUCAGCAAAGGAGUUGGAAAUCAGCAGCUACCGGACCCGUCCUUUGACAUCGUCAUUCCCAGAGCUUCCAUUGGCUCUGCGGCCAACAGCGGGAGCAGCACCCCGUCAACAUAAAACGAGGCCGGGAACACAGCACGCACAGACGAGUGGGCAUGGACUGCAGAGGACAUCCCAGUGGUGAACGUGCCACAGUUCGCCAGACACCAUCAGAGUAACUUUGGUUCACAUUUUCUCGUUUAUACUUGCUGACCUUUUGUUUUCUAUUGUUUGCGGUUCCCUAAGCUGGUCCUAAGAGGAACCUUCAUCCCCAAUACAUGGAGAUGAAUGGGAGGUCAUCCCACUGAGGAACAGAUAAACCUCCCAUUGACUGAUUUAUUAUGUUCCCCUGGGUAUCAGACAGUCAAGAGCUUCAUUUGAAAGUCAAAGCGCAGGGAUGAAGCUGCGGCUUUGCUGCAGAACAAAGACUUGUGCAGUGGUCGGCUUUUUCUGACAGGGAAGCGCGAGCUCUCUGCUGGACACAAACACACAGAUGAAAGUCACGUUGCUGAUGCCACAAAAACUGGGAGGAGAAUCGUCAAAGCAAAUGUUUCAAGUGUCUUUGGCUCAACAUUACUUUCACUUUACACAUUUAAGGUAGAUUGCAUUCACUUAGAUUAAAAGGAUAGUUUGCACAGAUAAAUUUAAUUAUUGAAGUCAUGUUUUUGAGCCUGGGUUGUGAUUAUUGUUGAUAACCACAAAGUUAACACAUGAAAUUAAGCUUUUGAAUUAAUCUAAAUGUACAAUGUUGUCAGUGAGUCAUUGGUUUUAUGAUGCACGAAUGUACUGGAUAAAUGUAUAUAUGCAAUACUGUCUAAAGCACUGCUGUGCCAUUUAAUUAUGUUCAGUACAUGUUACACUGAAGAGACCUGCCUGUGGUUAGCCUGUUUUACUAGCUUAUUGUUAAUCAGUAUAAUUCCUCAUAGAAGACUUUUUUCAUUUCUGAAAAAUCAGCUUUUGUGUCAGUAUUUUUGGAUAAAAUAAAAAUUUAAAUUUCAUUUGCCCAAAAACUGAAUAUAUAUUUAAAUAUAUUUUUGUUAUUCUUGAAGAAAGUUUAUCAUAGAGUCCAAAGUUGUAAAUGUAACUAUAAGAACGUCCCCCAGAGAGGGGACGUUAUUUAAGUAUGUGGGUGUUAAUGAGCAGAAUUUGCCAUCAUGUCUUUUACAUUUUAGCUUUCAGUUACCUUUACUAAUAGUCCUAUGCAUUCUUUCUUGUACAGUAGUUGUCCUAUAAAUGUCAUAUGCCAUAAAGUGAACUCUACUCCACUGAAA